GUGUGAUUAACAAAAACGGUGAAAUUAGCCUAGUGUGAGUUGUACAGUUAGAAUAUAUAGAGUGACAGUUUUGAGUUUGGACCAGUAGAAUAUUGAAUUGAAUUGAAUACUAGUAGCAGUAGGUAUCUCUAUCGAAGGAGAGGAGAAAUUGAUUGAUCAGAACAAAAUGGAGUUUCAUCAUCACCACCGUAACAACAACAACAACAAUUCAUCAUCACCACAAUGUUCCUCCAACUCCAACUCAUCCUCCUCCUCCGUAACCACCACCACCGCCACCAACAACAACCCUAACAGAAUCACCAACACCAACGAUCCAAUGCACUCUUGGUGGGAAUCAGUUUCCAAAGCCCGUUCCCGAAUCCACUCCCUCUCUUCAAUCCUCCCUACCCACACCUCCACUCUCUCUCCUCUCGCCGACUCCGAACGCCCCGCUCUCUCUCUACUCUCCUCUCCCACCGCUUACUCCGCUCUCUCCUCCUCCCUCUCCGGUUCCCACUCCGAUCCUCUCUGUCACUGGCUUUACGACACUUUCCUCUCCUCCGAUCCUCACCUCCGUCUCGUUGUCCUCUCCUUCAUCCCUCUUCUCUCUGGUCUCUAUCUCUCCCGUCUCCACUCCUCCGAUCCACCUUCCCUCGCCGGUUUCGAAGCUGUUCUCUUAGCCCUCUACGCCUCUGAAACAAAAUCGCGUGCUGGUAAACCUCUUCUUGUUACUAUCCCUGAUCUAUCAAUUCCCUCAAUUUACCAUUCACCCCUCCGUAAAUCUUCUUCUCAAAACCCUAACCCCUCUGUUGGUGUAAUUUCACCUCCUCUUGAACCUCACCUUGCUGUUAAAUCCACUAAACGUGCCUCCAUCGUCGGUGUCGCUCUUCAUUCUUACUUCUCUCAGAUCUCACAUAUGCCUUCCUGGUCAAAGCUUGAAUUUUCCAGAUUUGCUGCCGGUUGGGCCGGUCAGGAUUGCCCCUGCCGGAGAGAAUUCGAUCAAAUCGAAAACCUCAAUAAUACUCUAGCUUUAAGUAAUGGUAAUGGUAAUGGUUAUAGCAAUGGUGAUGGUGAAAGUGAAGUUGAGAUCGAGGAGGUUGCAGAAAACAUGAGGAAUUUGGAGAUUCAUCAUGAUCCUGAAUGUGAAGAAUCUCCAAAGGGAAUUGCUAAAGGGGAUAGAAUCCCUUUACCUUGGGAGAUACUUCAACCUACAUUGAGAAUUCUAGGACAUUGUUUGAUGGGUCCAUUGAUAUCUCAAGAGGUGAAAGAUGCUGCUUCUUUUGCGGUUAGGUGUUUGUAUGCUAGAGCUUCUCAUGAUUUGGUGCCUCAAGCAAUACUUGCUACAAGGAGUCUCAUUCAGCUUGAUAACAGGACUAGGGAUGCUAUUACUUCAGCUUCUGCUGUUGCUUCAAAUGUCAACACACCUACCAAGGCCAAGAAACCUGAAAUACUUCUCGUUUCCAAGUGAUUGUUAUAAGAUAAGAUAACCCUUGCUGUAUCUCUGUAUAGUAUAUGGGUAGUAGCAUUUCAAUAUCUAUUCUAGCUUUAAAGUUUAUACUCUAGCUGUAAGCAUAGUUCCUGUUUGAAUUAUAGAUUCUUUAUAGCUGUGGGUUGUUGCCCCUUAGUUAUGUUGUUUUCAGGUUUAUGUAUAUUUUUUUUCCUGCUGAUUAGUUGUCUGUUUUAACUUUGUUUCUCGGUAAAAUUAUCAUGUGUGGUGUGAAUCAUUGUGCUAUUGUUUGAUUGUAAUGAAAGUGAAUUUGCUAUUGAUGUGUGGUGUGAAUCAUUGUUGUACUUUAGCUGUAAAGAUUGAGGUGUUCUUUGUGA